CUCAUCUCUGCGAACAUGUCAAUACAAAGCACGCUCGCAGAGAAACGGUUUCUGGAAGAUCGUUUCGCUGACGUAAUAUCCCCUAACCCCACUACCUCCGUCAUCCAAUCCGGCCAAGGUAUCAAAGUCCCUGACGGAGAAAUCGCGGCAGACAGUCUGCUUCUUCCUUUCGAAAAGAACCAGCCUGUGAGAAUGAAAGUGCUAAUAUUCGCCGCUGUUGCGGUGUUUUGUGCGCAAUCGGUGCUCGCUCUUGAUCCUCAUGAGCAUAAUAAAGUCGUAUGUUACUGGAACAGCACGGCCUUCGAGCGACAAGGACCAGGAAAAUUCCAGUUGGAUGAUGUUCGCCCAGCCCUGUCACUCUGCACACACUUGGUGUAUGGAUUUGCAGGAAUCAAUGCUGAAACUUUUGAAGUUGUUCCAUUGAGUCCAUCUUUGGACACUGGAGCAGGUUAUUCUUACUACAAGCUGACCACUCAGCUGAAGAAAGCUUUCCCAGAUUUGAAGAUCUACCUCAGUAUAGGUGGCAAUGCUGACCCUCCAGAAGACACUCACAAAUACCUUCUUCUUACUGAGACAACAGAAGCCAGGUCUAAGUUCAUCAACUCGGUAAACCGUCUAAUGAAUGAUUAUGACUUUGAUGGGAUUGAUUUGGCCUGGCAAUUCCCCCCAGUCAAAGUCAAGAAGCAGAGAGGUACCUUUGGAUCCAUCUGGCAUGGUCUGAAGAAAACAUUAGGCUAUGGUAAAUUCAAGGAUGACAAGGAACAGGAGCAUCGUGAUGGUUUCACUAUCUUGGUUCGUGAUCUGAAGGCACAGCUCAGGCCAAGGUUGAAGGCUUUGACAGUUACUGUUCUUCCUCAUGUGAACAGCAGCAUUUACUACGACUGCAGACUGUUGGCAUCGAAUAUCGACGCUGUGCACUUGUUCGCUUUCGAUCAAAAAACCCCCGAGCGUAAUCCGCAGGAGGGCGAUUACCCAGCACCGAUUUACGAGAGUUAUGGUCGUGAACCUCACGACAACGUUCACGCCACAAUGGGUUUAAAUUCUACUUCAAGGUACUGGCUCGAUAAUGGCACUCCAGGCUCGAAGAUCGUUGUUGGAAUCCCAACGUUCGCUCGUACAUGGAAACUCACAUCUGACAGUCAAAUAUCAGGAGUACCACCCAUCGUUGCUGACGGUCCAGGUGCUGAGGGACCUCAUACCAACAUUCCAGGCAUUCUUUCUUACGCUGAGGUCUGCUCCAGGCUGACAGAAAGUGCUGUAGGUCGUUUAAGACGAGUUGGUGACCCUUCGAAGAAAUAUGGCAGUUACGCGUUCCAAGCAUACGACGAGAAUACUGGAGCGGACGGUAUUUGGGUAGGUUACGAGGAUCCAGACACUGCUGGCAACAAGGCUGCCUACGUGAAGGCAAGAGGUUUGGGAGGUGUCGCCAUCUAUGAUUUGUCUUUGGACGAUUUCCGUGGUGUAUGCACUGGUGACAAAUUCCCCAUAAUCAGGGCUGCCAAAUACAAGCUGUAGAAGAUAACUAAAGAGUGAUCUUAAACCAGAAAGGAAUCUGAGCUGGUUAACCUCGAUGAAAUUAGAAUUUAGGUUAUGUCAAGUCGAUCGAGAUGUUUUUAGGUUCCUUUUAUCUUUUUUCCUAUUUAGUCUCGGUAGCUUCUUUUCGUUCGCCAGUUGACCACUACUGUUUUACACGUUUGCUUCGUACUUUUUAUAUUUCUGAUGUAUUUCCAAUCUAUUUUUUUUCACACGUGUAUUAUGUCUAAGGAGAGGCAAGUAUUUUUGUGGAAGAGGAGAAUAAAUGGUCUGAAAUUUU